AUGUCGAAGAACAAAAAAAUGUCGCUAUCGGGCGGCGACACGACAGAAAAAUUUAUUUACAAACCCAAGGAUUUGAUAUGGGCCAAAAUGAAGGGCUUCACACCGUGGCCAGGCAUGAUUGUAGAGCCGCCUCUGGACCUGCUCACCCAGCAGCGCCGUGCGAAUACCAAGUGUGUUUUCUUCUUUGGAUCGAGAAAUUUUGCAUGGAUCGAGGAGAACAAUAUCAAACCUUUCGAGGGACCCUGGAAGGAGGAACUGGCCAAAGUAAGCAAGCCUGCUGCCUUUCGGCAUGCCAUGGCAGACAUCGACAAAUACAUUGACGAUCCGGCCGAGGUAGACGACCAGAUAAACGAGAGCUGUGGUGUGCCCAAUCAUGCCACCGAGGCUGAUUUUGAUAAGAUUCGGGAUGCCGUGGAUAGUGAUGAGAACGCUGUGGACGCUGUGGACGCUGAUGCCGAUGCCAACAACGGUGUAGUCGUCCACGUAGUCGGCAGUCCAGACGUGUCCGAAGCGGUGGAAGGGGAAAACAAUGCAGAUUCUUCAGCCUCACCUACCGUAACUGCUGCGACGCCAGCGACAGCAAAAUCCCCGGGAAAACGGACACCCAAAGCCAAGCCUGUUUCUGCUGUAUCCGCGACCAAGGCGGCAAAGGCUUCCACCACAAAAUCCGCACAGAAACGGCGCAUCUCUGCUCAUCAAACGCCCACUGGGGCAAAUACUAGUGGAGCACCGAACGCUAAACGAGGCAAGCGUGUCGUAUCGGGAGGCGCUACACCUGGCAAUUUUGAUGGGGCAAGUUCGUCCUCCCCUACAGCCCGCCGUCGCGUUGAAGUAGAUGCUCUGUUGGCAUCAUUAGCUGCGAAGCGUGCACCCAACGCGAUCGCCUUGCUGGAUCGUCCAGUGGUGACGCGGCCCGAGACUCAGGCCAUCGACAUGAAUUCGCGCUCCAAUACAUUGGCCGACCGCGACAUCGUGCCAUCGGAGUUGACCUUUGGCUUCCUUGGACUGGGCAUGAUGGGCUCGACUAUAGUUAAGGAUUUGAUAUACACAGGGCACAAGGUUGUGGUCUGGAACCGCACUAUCGACAAGUGUCAGCCAUUUGUCGAAGCCGGUGCCGAAGUUAAAGACACUCCCAUGGAUGUGGUUGAGGCGGCCGACAUUAUCUUUUGCUGUGUUUCGGACCCCAAGGGCGCCAAGGAUCUCGUUUUUGGGAACUGCGGCGUACUGCAGCUAAAAGAUCUGCGCAAUAAGGCGUACGUGGAAAUGUCCACCGUAGAUCCAGACACCUCCCUGGACAUUGGAGAGGGAAUCAAGCAGUGCAAUGGGCGAUACCUGGAGGCACAAAUCCAUGGCUCGCGUCAGGAGGCAGCCGAUGGUAUGCUUAUCAUACUGGCAGGCGGCGAUCGUACGGUAUUUGAAGAGUGUCACUCCUGCUUCAAGACCAUAGCGAAGAACACCUUCUUUUUGGGGACAGAUGUCGGUAAUGCCUGUAAAGUGAACCUGAUUUUGCAGACCAUUCAGGCUGUGAGCCUGGUAGGACUUGCAGAGGCGUUAGCAUUGGCUGAUCGUUUUUCCAUUUCGUUAAACGAUAUCAUAGACAUUUUCGACUUGACUUCAAUGAAAUCCCCACUGCUGCUGGCUAAGGGCAAGGAAAUGGCCAAGGGCGACUUCAAUCCUCAGCAGCCUUUAAGUCACAUGCAACGGGAUUUGCGUCUAGUGCUGAAUAUGGCAGAGAAUCUGGAUCAGUCGAUGCCUGUCACGAGCAUUACGAACGAGGUGUUCAAGCACACCAAGCGCUUGGGCUACAGCGAACACGAUUCGAGCGCCGUAUUCGUAAGAUCCAGAUUUUAACAUUUAGUUAACACAGCUACAAUUUAAACUAUACUUUAUCAUUUAGUUUAAACCGAACAGAACUUACAGCACGUAGACAUUGACGCAAAACACGCUCACCCACAGACUCACAUACUAUACUGACAAAGACGUUCGAUAUGCAAUAUCAAUGCAUAUUUGUAUGCGGAUAAUUGUUGUAGCUUUUUUAAACGAAAUGAUAGAGCAAUUAACCGCAUUUUCUAUUGCUAUUGUCAUUUGCAACGUUAUCCUAACCAUUAAUAUCCUCCCACAUACAAAAAUAGGGUUACUGCUAUGCAGAUCAAAGUUUAAAGAAAGAAUCCGACCCGAUCGAAGUAGUGGCGUGCAUGCACUCCACACCUGGGCAGAGCCAGAACUAGGUCAAUGCCAUUGCAUGAUGAAGGGCCCGGCUGGGGAACAGGCUAAGCAGGAAUCAACAAGUGGCAGAUCAAGAGGAGCAUACGAGUACACGAACAGACAUACCUUUGGCCACUUAAAUUUUUACAGGCGGACCACAUCCGUUAGUUGUGCAUUAUAUACUUUUUGAAUGUUUUCGUUGUAUUUUUUAACUUGGUUUUUUGGACCGCGUGCUGGUUAUGCGCGCGUUGCCCCAGCAAUGAAGGAAACGAAACCCCAAGGAAAGAAGCAAUCUGUAUUUUAGGGCGCUUGUUUUUCAAUCUUAUGUAUGUGCAUGUUGCUUCCCACAUAAGAAUAAUGUAAUGCAUACAUAAUUGUAAAUGUAUAGAAACACCACAUGCGAAUAAAUUGUACAAAAAUA